AUGAGUGUCUCUUUGGCCGGCCCGGAUGGCCGUGUUUUGGGGGGAGGACUUGCUGGCCUUCUAGUAGCUGCUGGUCCUGUUCAGGUUGUGCUUGGCAGCUUUCUUCCUGGUCACCAGCAGGAACAGAAGCCUAAGAAGCAGAGAUUUGAGCACACAGCAGCUUUCACUCUUACCCCUGCUAAUCGUCUAUCUGAAGGAGGAUCUGAGGGUGCAUAUAGUGGACCAAAGCCAACUUUCACUACUUCCUCGUCCUUCCAUGAAGACAACCCAGCUUCAUUGAAUUCCAUGAAUGGUUCUAAGAUUUCUGCUUCUGAAAACAACGUAUCUUUGUCUGGAGGAGAACCUAAAGACCCCAGCCAGUGA